CAUCGUUUGUUUGCCAACUCUGAGAGGAGAACACACACUAGUGAAGCCAAAAUGAUGCAUCAGAUGUCCGAGAAGACAGCUCCCCCUCUGCCCUUGUCCUGUCUGCGUCUCCUGGUCCCACCACUUCGGCUGGUCUCUGCAGCCAUCUGGGAAACUGUCCAGCAGAAAGUUGUGGCCAAUUACGGGCUGCUGGACGACUUUGUGACAGCAGUCACCCAGAUUGUUCCAGAGCUUCUCAAUCACAGGCAGAGGUGUUUGCUCAGCCUUGGCCUCCGGGCUCAGCUGACACUGGAGUUGUGUCGCCCAGAUCAGACAAUAGACAUUAAGACCAUUCAGCCACACCUGGACAUAAUCACUUCACUAUGGAACACAGAGAUAAGUGAUUCAGGGGAUGGGUCGUGUGCACCCAGCCUCCUCGGUCUUAUUCACACCCUGCUGAAAGACCAGGAGGAGAGGCAGCACUUCUUCCAGGACGUUUUCCCGGUGAGAUUUGGAGACAAGUACUCUGAAGAUAUACAGAUGUUUGUGGAGAUAUUCCUCUCGCAGCUUGACAAGUUACUUGUUGUACCAAAUUAUAAACAGGUUGCCUGUAUGUUCAGCGACGUGCCUUCAGUUCUGUCUGAAUGUGUGAAGUCUUUCUGCCAAUCUCAAGAACUUAAGGUUCUCCUGGAAUAUCAAAAAGAUCUCAGUCAGCUAACUAGAAGUGAUAAUCAAACAGUUGGCACCAGCAUUUGUUCAGCUCUCUGUCUGCCACCUUUGAAAACAGCCUUGACAGAACAAGAAGAAACGCCACUAGAAGUAAAUGUGUUAACCGAUUACAUGGAGGCAUUCCACAAAGAACUGAGAGUGGAGACCGCUACACUGGGAGAGAGUGCAGAUGAUGUAAACACGGAGAGAGAAGAACCAAAGAGGAGAGAGACCAAAGGCUUGGAGAAUCAGUCAUUGGUUAACAGUGGAGAAAAAGUAAAAGUAGAUAUCUCACGCUCUGUUCAACAUGUCGAGUCUUUGGAUGGGGAUAAGAUGAGUGUAGACUCUUGUGCUGUUGAGGUCCAAGUAGCUUAUAAUGUAGAAAUUCUGGCUCAGGAGACUGUUACCACAGAGAAUAAGUCCUCUGUUGAAGACUCAGUGAUCAAUAUUAGAGAGGACCAAAAAGUUCAGCCAUUGGUUAGAACUACAGAUGACAGUGAGUACAUUGUCAUGAGCCCUAGUGAGACGAAAAACUGCACGAAGGAUGAAAACUCCAGCACAACAAUUGACGGACAAGUGCAAAACCUCAACGUAUCUAACGUAGUUCUGUCGCCUGUACUGUUUACCCCUGUUGUGGUCACAUCCCAAAGGCCAGUCAGAGAAUCUCGAGGUCUAAAGGUGAAAAACGUUUCAACAUUCAAAAAUGAGCAGACAAAGAAGGAUCCUCGAGUCCCGUCAACUGGCAAGACUUGUCCCACAUGUGGUAAGACAUACAGUCGCGCAUCAGAUAUGAGACGACAUCAGAGGACCCACACGGGAGAGCGGCCUUUCCGAUGUUCCCGAUGUGAGAAAUGCUUUCAGUUCCAGCACGACCUGAAGAGACACGAGUCAAAUGCGUGUCGAAACGCUCCGCCGCAACAGCCUCAGAACUGUUCCUCUAAGGCGCACGAAAAAAGAGAUGCUCAAGACCCAAAGCAAGGGAGAGUUCGAGGCCAACUCCAAACUCAGGGUGUCAGGACUUGUGAGAAGGAAUGUGGGAUGAAUCAGAAACAAGAGGAGGUUCCUUCAGGAAUGGAAUUGCCUGCUCCCAGCCAGCAAGAUCCCCAACCGUUCAGCAGCAAAGUCCAGUUAGGAGAUAUGAAGGAGCAGAGUCAAAAACCUCAUUGGGGUAAUCAGAGGGGCAGGAAAUCAAAGGACCUCAAGCAGAGAAACACACAUAAACCCGCCGAUACCUCACUGUAUUGUGUGGAAUGCAACAGGUCUUUCCCAGACAUGGCGAGACUUAAAACGCACAAUCUGAGACACAAGCCUCGUUCCUGCACUAAGUGCGGUGAGAGUUUCAAAGGUUUCAUAGACCUCAACCAGCAUUAUGUUGACAUGCAUGACUUCAGAGGACCUUUUCCCUGCAUCCUAUGCAAACAAACUUACACAGGUUUGAGAGGUCUGAUCAGGCACGAGAGGUUCCACACGGGUGACCUCCCUUUCAAAUGCCCCAAGUGUCCCAAAGCGUUCGGUUUUGCGUCCGCCCUGAAGCUGCACGACCGGACUCACACAAAAGAGGCUCCGUUCCUCUGCUGGGAUUGCGGGAAAGGUUUCAGGUCCAACGCGGCUCUAAAGAGGCACAGGCUGUGCUGUCACAGCGGCACCAUGGAAAAGCGCUUCUGCUGCGAGCACUGCGGACAAGCCUACGUGCUCAAAAGGAGCUUGGACCUCCACGUGGCCAAAGUGCACGCCGGCGUUCGCUACCCUUGCUCCCGCUGCGGCAAACUGUUCCGAAGUGCGAGUUCGCUGACGAGGCACGAUCUGACCCACACAGAGGAAAGGCCGUACUCGUGCGUUGAGUGCGGCAAGAGUUUCAGGUCGGCAUCCGAACUGAAGAUACACACUCGCUACCACACUGGGGAGAGGCCGUUCAAGUGUCGAGAAUGUGGAAAGGGGUUUGUGCAGUCCUAUUACCUCACCGCACACAUGAGGAUGCAUACGGGGGAAAAGCCGUUCAAAUGUCCGACAUGCAACAAAUGUUUUAAAAGCACGGGUAUUUUGAAGAGACACCAAAUGACGCAUACAGGAGAGAAACCCCAUAAAUGUUCAGCCUGUGAAAUGGCAUUCAGUCGGCCAGAGCUUGUAAAAGCUCACGCAAAGAAGUUUCAUUAAAUUUAAGAACAAAAAAAUAGUUUUCUUUGAUUUGUAAGUAAUUUAAAUCUCUCAAAAAU